AUGGCGGGGGCCGCAGCGGGCGGCAGAGGCGGAGGUGCCUGGGGGCCGGGGCGCGGAGGGUCAGGAGGACUCCGGCGGGGCUGCUCUCCCCCUGCCCCCGCCGGCUCCCCCCGGGCUGGGCUGCAGCCGCUCAGGGCCACGGUCCCCUUCCAGCUGCAGCAGCCGCACCAGCGCCGGGACGGGGGUGGCCCCGCAGCCAGCGUCCCGUGUGCAGUGGCCCCAGAAAAGCCCGUGUGUAGGCCUCAGCCACCUCAAGUCCGACGCACAUUCUCCCUGGACACCAUCCUCAGCUCGUACCUCCUGGGCCAGUGGCCACGAGAUGCCGAUGGGGCCUUCACCUGCUGUUCCAAUGACAAGGCCACCCAGACUCCCCUGUCCUGGCAAGAACCUGAAGGAGAGCGGAGCAGCUCCUGCACGCACAAGCGCUCAGCGUCCUGGGGCAGCACAGACCACCGCAAAGAGAUUACCAAGUUGAAGCAACAGCUGCAGAGGACAAAGCUGAGCCGCAGUGGGAAAGAGAAGGAACGGGGCUCCCCACUCCAAGGAGACCAUGCUGUGCGGGGAACACUGAGGGCGUCCCCUCCCAGCUUCCCCUCAGGGUCCCCCGUCCUUCGACUCAGUCCCUGCCUGCACAGGAGCCUGGAGGGGCUCAACCAGGAGCUGGAGGAGGUGUUUGUGAAGGAGCAGGGGGAAGAGGAGCUGCUGCGGAUCCUCGAUAUUCCUGAUGGGCACCGCGCCCCAGCUCCCCCGCAGAGUGGCAGCUGUGACCUCCCCCUCUUGCUCCUGGAGCCUGGCAUCCUCUCCAGCUCUCCUUCCAUGCCCCUGGCAUCCCCCCAGCCUUCUGGCCAGACCGGCCGUGAGGAACAUCGGGGUGCUGUCGAGGAGCUGGCAUCCAUCCCCAAUGACAAAGCCUCCCCUCCAGGCCACCCGGCCUUCCUUGAAGACGGCAGCUCAUCUCCAGUCCUCGCGUUUGCCUCCUCCCCUCGGCCCAAUCACAGCUACGUCUUCAAACGGGAGCCUCCGGAAGGCUGUGAGAGAGUGCGUGUGUUUGAAGAGGCCACGUCUCCAGGUCCUGAUGUGGCCUUCCUGACUUCCUGUCCCGACAAGAACAAAGUCCAUUUCAACCCGACCGGCUCGGCCUUCUGCCCUGUCAGCCUGAUGAAGCCCCUCUUCCCCAGCAUGGGCUUCAUUUUCCGAAACUGCCCCUCCAGCCCAGGGUCCCCUCUCCCUCCUGCCAGCCCCAGGCCCCCGCCUCGGAAGGAUCCAGAGGCCUCCAAGGCCUCCUCGCUGCCAUUUGAGCCAUGGCAGCACACCCCGCCAUCAGAAGAGCCCGUGCUUUUCCACAGCUCCCUGGUGGUCUGA